CAGCUGUAACAAGACAUGCCAACUAACAAUGGAGGUCAGACGAUACGCUAACAAACUAACAAUGAAGGAGAAUGAAACUCAUCACCUGUUUACUUCUUGACAUGACUUUAUCCGAAAUGAGAUUGCGGGCAGCGAGGAAACGGGCUGCUGCAGCACAGUGGAGACUGCGGAGUGCACCUGCUUCAUUUACAGGUGCAGAGAAGAACUUUGACGCUGUCCUUGCAUGAGUACUUCUUUCGGAUCUAACUGCAAAUCAGGUCCUGGUAGUAACUGCUCGAGGACACGAAGAAAUAGAAUUUAAGCUCUUCCUCAAGCUGCAGGGCUUUGUUGCUCUGGACUAAUGAAGUCCAGCAUGAGGCCAUGGCGAAGACUUUUGUUGCUGGGAAUGGUGGCCUGGGUUGUUUUCUUGCUCGCUCUCUUCUCCUACUUUCUGGACGCCCGGGUCAACGAGGCACUGAUCUCCGCCAGCACGCUGAUCUCCCAGCACCCUGACACCCGCCGUUUGACAUCCAUCCAGCAGAACACCGUCAUGGGUCCCAGGCCUGAAGUAGCCUCCAGCUUGACCCCAAUAUAUCCUGGAGACAGACCAGGACUGGAGGCUGUCAACAGCUCUGUGACCCCAGGGCCCAGUGUGGAGUUAAGGAGGAGCCUUAACCGUGCACCUUAUGUCAACUAUGGCAGCCAGGAGACCAGUCGCCAAGACUACCUGGACCCCCAAACUCUGGCUGCGUGGUCUUCUUUCGGGACUGAAAAUGUGGGCUCUCAUUCCAGUCGUGACAAAACUUCCCGGACUACACAGUAUCAAAACCAAGUGAGGAGAGUUCAGGAUCACGGUGGAGAGGAGGAGGAUGAGGAGGGGGAAGACGCAGAUGAUGAAAGAGGAAACCGAAUGAUGGCUCCCAGGAGGUCCACCGACACUUCCUCCGAUCCGGAGGAGUACUACUUGUCCAAGUCGGCGUCAGUGGUGAAGCAGCGCCUGUGGCAGGGGCACCUGUCCGCCGACAUCCUCAGCCCUCGACUGCAGCGGGCCAGGAACGAGUACAUGAAGGCCAACAAGCACCACGUGGUCUUCAAGGGGCCCCGCAAGGCCUCGCAGACCACCAAGGAACUACUCUGUCAAAUGAAGACCGAGGCCCCACUCACCACGGUGGACGGGUCCGAGCAGCCCUUCUCUUCGUACGGGUGGGCUCGCCUCGUGCCCUCCUUACCCCUGGAGCAGCUGUACAGGAUUCAGGGGGGGAACAGCUUCCGGACCUGUGCUGUGGUCUCCUCGGCCGGCGCCAUUCUGCGGUCGGGACUGGGAAAAGAGAUCGAUGCUCAUGAUGCCGUGUUGCGGUUCAACGCGGCGCCCACCGAAGGCUACGAGAAAGACGUGGGGAACAAAACCACUAUCAGGAUCAUAAACUCACAGAUUCUGGCUGAUCCGAGGUUUCGUUUCCGCACAAGUUCUCUUUACAAGAAUGUCACCCUGGUGGCCUGGGACCCUGCACCUUAUAAUCUCAACCUACACAAGUGGUACGCCAGUCCCGACUACGACCUGUUCGGCCCGUAUGAGAAGCAUCGCAAGCACUACCCCGGCCAGCCCUUCUACAUCCUGCAUCCAAGCUACGUUUGGCGUCUCUGGGACGUGGUUCAGGGCAACACUCAGGAGAACAUUCAGCCCAACCCUCCCUCGUCUGGCUUCAUAGGCAUCCUCCUGAUGAUGGCGCUGUGCGAGCAGGUCCACGUGUACGAGUACAUCCCCUCCAUGAGGCAGACGGACCUGUGCCAUUACCACGAGCUCUACUACGACGUGGCGUGCACGCUGGGGGCCUACCACCCGCUCCUGUACGAGAAGAGCCUGGUGCGGCGCAUCAACACCGGCACCGAGGGGGACCUCCGCAGGAAGGGGCGGGUCACCCUGCCGGGGUUCCGCACCGUGGACUGUGACAUCUGAAGUCGCACCAGAGCCGACUAUCUUGAGCCCACUUUACGUAACUAUGGCCUGUUCUUAGGGCGGGGGGGUGGCACUGAGGGCGCGGUGCAAUAAAGCCUGUGGAGGCGGAUGAGACUGACAACAAAAAACCUGAGCCCCUUCAAGGUGGGAGAGGAUCAACAUGCGGGCUUGUUUUCAUUAAGAUGACUUUGACAAAGACAUCUCUCUCUGCUGUAGCUGAGCCAUGUUAGCUGUUGAGCUGACAGAUUUUUUUACGGAAUUUUCCACAGUGUAAAUUCUGUUCUUUUUCCACUCUCUUAUGGCAGCGGUCUUACCGUUUUUCUACUCGGACGAUGCCGACAGGGUCUUAAACUGUUCCGCGCCUCCCAUUGCGUUGCACCAGCUCUUUAUUAUUCGCGUGGCGUGCGUGGAAAGUGAGAGCCGUUUUCCCCCCCUGCUGAUACUUCUUAACUUAACGCUACAUUGGCCUAAUUAGGGCGCUUGUCACGCCGUGUUUGGACUGUGCAAGUUCUCAUGCUGUCAAACCAGGGACCAAAGUCGACAUCUGGAGCCCACAGGUGGGGUGGAGUUGCUUAGUAUAGGCUAGUGUUGGCAAGUUCUCGAUCUCCCGGCCUUAUCGUGAAAAACUCAUUGCUAUUAUUGUUUGUGUUAUUCAACUACUGCAGUAUGUGUCUUUAAAUAAAACGGUUCUGUCCACUUAGCUAUCAACAAAAA